AUGACGGAUUCCAACCCCGUGAAGGAGGCUGAGGCCUCCAUGGCCAACCUUUUGCUCGACGAGGUCACCGGCGAGAAGGUGUCCAAGUCUGAAUUGAAGCGCCGCCAGAAGGUCCGCGAGAAGGAGGCCAAGAAGAAGGAGAAGGAGGCUGCUGCUCCUCCCAAGGCCGAGAAGAAGGUGUCUGCGGAGGAGGAGGAGGCGAACCUGACUCCUAACCAAUACUUCGAAAUCCGCUGCAAGAAGAUCAACAAGCUCUGCGAGACCAAGAACCCGGACCCGUACCCGCACAAGUUCCAGGUCACCAACGACCUGCGCGAAUUCCUCAAGGAGUACGACGGCCUUGCCAAGGGCGAGCAGAAGCCGGACGUUCCCAUUCGUAUCGCCGGUCGUAUCUACACUAAGCGUACCUCCGGCGCCAAAUUGAUCUUCUACGAUAUCCGUGCCGAGGGCGUCAAGGUCCAGGUGAUGUGCCAGGCUCAAAAUGCGGCUGGGAGCGUGUCGUUUGAGGACCAGCACGAGCACCUGCGGAGAGGCGAUGUUAUCGGUAUUGUUGGUUUCCCCGGCCGCACCAACCCCAAGAACCGCGACGACGGCGAGCUGUCCAUCUUCGCCUCCGAGGUCAUCCUCCUAGCGCCGUGCCUGCACGCCAUCCCCUCCGAGCACUACGGCUUCCAGGACAAGGAGCUGCGUUUCCGCCAGCGCUACCUGGAUUUGAUCAUGAACGACCGCUCGCGCAACAUCUUCCGCACCCGUGCCAAGAUCGUGUCCUACAUUCGCAACUACUUCGACAGCCGUGAUUUCACCGAGGUCGAAACCCCCAUGAUGAACGCCAUUGCCGGUGGCGCCACGGCCAAACCCUUCGUCACACACCACAACGACCUGGACAUGAACCUGUUCAUGCGCGUUGCGCCCGAGCUGUACCUGAAGAUGCUGAUUGUCGGCGGUCUCGAGCGUGUGUACGAGCUGGGCCGGCAAUUCCGCAACGAGGGCAUUGACCUCACGCACAACCCGGAGUUCACCACCUGCGAGUUCUACUGGGCCUAUGCCGAUGUGUAUGAUGUGAUGAACUUGACAGAGGAGCUGGUCUCAGGCCUCGUGAAGCACGUCACCGGUGGCUACGAGACUACGUUCCACACCCAGUCCGGCGAGGAGUACAACGUGAACUGGAAGGCGCCCUGGCGGCGAGUGGAGAUGAUCCCUGCGCUGGAGGAGGCGUGCGGCGAGAAGUUCCCACCGGGCGACCAGCUGCACACGGAUGAGACGAACGAGUUCCUCAAGCGUAUGCUCAAGAAGAUGAACGUGGAGUGCCCGCCGCCUCUGACCAACGCGCGCAUGCUGGACAAGCUGGUUGGCGAAUUCAUCGAGGAGACUUGCGUCAACCCGACCUUCAUCACUGGCCACCCGCAAAUGAUGUCGCCGCUGGCCAAGUACCACCGCAAGAACCCUGGUCUGUGCGAGCGAUUCGAGGCGUUCGUCUGCAAGAAGGAGAUCGUCAAUGCCUACACCGAGUUGAACAACGUGUUCGAGCAGCGUCUGCGCUUCGAGGAGCAGGCUCGGCAGAAGGAGCAGGGUGACGACGAGGCCCAGCUGAUCGACGAGACCUUCUGCAACUCUCUCGAGUACGGUCUCCCCCCGACGGGUGGUUGGGGUAUGGGCAUCGACCGUCUGGUCAUGUUCUUGACGGACAACUACAGCAUCAAGGAGGUGCUAGCCUUCCCCAUGAUGAAGGAUGAUUUGACCAAGUCCGAUCACAAGCUUGCUGCCGAGGUCGCUGGCGUUGAGCCCCAGCCCGAGGAGGGAAUCCCCCACAAAUAA